AUUCUAUGUGUGUUUGUAACUGGGCGAAUACCCACCUUUACAGACUUGUCCCAUGUCAUGACUGUCCCUCAAUAUCUAGGUCAGCAUGCUCCUAGUCUUGGGAGAACCCACCAUGCAAGCUAAAGGGCUAUGCAGUGGUUUUCUGAGUCUACAUCUUGCCUGGCCUGUGUGUGGCAUUUUCAUACUUCUGAAUCCAUGGCUGCUUUUUGAAUGCCUUAAUAUGCCCCUAAUCCAUACCCCAGCCCUACUCAGGGCUUUACAUAAUCUAUUCUAUGUCUCUACCUUUAAACCCUUGACCCUGGCGUGUGUGCAUGUAUAGUCCCUUUGUAUCGAAACAUUCCAGCUCAUGGCUCAAUUCAGCUGCCCUUCUCUUGAAGCUUAGAGUUAAGAAGAACAAACACCGGUUCAGACGGUGGCCAGUUAAAAAGAACAAACACCAGUUGCAACAUUGCAAAUAAGAUUUUCUGUGAUCACCCCGAUUUUAGGGAGGUACCGGGAGCUGAGCUGCUGCCCCUUACAGAUCAAGGCUUCGCUGCACCCAGUGGGAGGAGGCUGUGGGCUUCUCUCAACAAAGAGGAAAAUCGGUGUUUGUUUACCCAGAAGAGUGAGAGAUGAUGAGUCAAAUGAGACACUUUUCUUUAAAGAUGAAUGAUGGACACACCAUACCUGUGCUGGGAUUGGGCACUUCGGCUCCUUCUCAGGUUCCUAAGAGUGAGACAGAAAUGGCCAUCAAGAGAGCAAUUAACAUAGGCUACCGCCAUAUUGACUCAGCUCAUUUGUACCAAAAUGAAGAGGAAAUUGGGAGAGCCAUUCAGAUGAAAAUUGCAGAUGGCACUGUGAAGAGAGAUGACAUAUUCUACACUACGAAGGUGUGGGGCACCUUUUUCCGUCCAGAAUUGGUCCAAACUAAUCUGGAAAGGUCGCUGAAGAAACUUCAGAUGAGCUAUGUGGAUCUUUAUCUACUUCAUCACCCAGAAGCUUUGCAGGCUGGGGAGGACUUUUUCCCAAAGGACGCCCAUGGAAACAUCAUUUUUGACACAGUGGAUCUCUGUACCACGUGGGAGGCCAUGGAGAAGUGCAAGAACGAGGGACUGACCAAGUCCAUCGGUGUGUCCAACUUUAACUGCAAGCAGCUGGAGAGGAUCUUGAACAAGCCGGGGCUCAAGUACAAGCCCGUCUGCAACCAGGUGGAGUGUCACCCUUACUUAAACCAGAGCAAACUCCUGGAAUUCUGCCGUUCCCAUGACAUUCUCCUUGUUGCAUAUGCUACUUUGGGGUCUGAUGCAAGGAAGAAAUGGGUGAUCAAGAACAAACCAAGUCUCCUGCAGGAUCCAGUACUCAAUGCCAUUGCUGAAAAGCACAGGCGAACUCCAGCCCAGGUUGCCCUGCGCUACCAGCUGCAGCGGGGGGUGGUGGCCCUGGCCAAGAGCUUCAAUGAGAAGAGGAUGAAAGAGAACUUCCAGGUUUUUGAAUUCGAGUUGACCCCAGAGGAUAUGGGAAGUCUGGACGGCCUAAACAGAAACAUGUGCUAUUUGCAAGAUCUAUUUUCUGGUCAUACAGAUGAUGCUUCUUACGGCGAUGAUUAAGAGCAGUGUCCGGGGUUGCCCAGAUUUUGGUUCAUGCCGGGGGACAUCUCGAGGGUGAGAAAGUAACCGCUUCAUUCCCUGUCACUUAGCCUGACGUCGCGAUAUGGCUGGAGUCCUUCGAUCAAGAAAUAAAAGUCUCCAAACCCAGUCUUUCUCGCCCAAAGUAAAUAAAGAUACAUUUGGAACAAUCUAA